AUGGAUGCUGCCCAGAGCACCAAUCAACGUGGUCUUUGGAUUAUCGCCAUGAUGGAAAGAUUUCAUUUGCGUAUCUCCAAAUUUCUCUUGGAGGCAGUACAGGAAGCGGAGGCAGUACAGGAACUGGAGGCAGUACAGGAAGCGGAGGCAGUACAGGAACUGGAGGCAGUACAGGAACCGGAGGCAGUACAGGAACCGGAGGCAGUACAGGAACCGGAGGCAGUACAGGAACCGGAGGCAGUACAGGAACUGGAGGCAGCACAGGAACCGGAGGCAGUACAGGAACCGGAGGUAGUACAGGAACCGGAGGCAGUACAGGAACCGGAGGCAGUACAGGAACCGGAGGCAGUACAGGAACUGGAGGCAGCACAGGAACCGGAGGCAGUACAGGAACUGGAGGCAGUACAGGAACCGGAGGCAGUACAGGAACCGGAGGCAGUACAGGAACCGGAGGCAGAACUGGAGGCAGUACAGGAACCGGAGGCAGUACAGGAACCGGAGGUAGUACAGGAAGCGGAGGUAGUACAGGAACCGGAGGCAGUACAGGAAGCGGAGGCAGUACAGGAACUGGAGGCACUACAGGAACCGGAGGCAGUACAGGAAGCGGAGGUAGUACAGGAACCGGAGGCAGUACAGGAACCGGAGGCAGUACAGGAAGCGGAGGCAGUACAGGAACCGGAGGCAGUACAGGAACUGGAGGCAAUACAGGAACUGGAGACAGCUCAGGAAGCAGUACAAGCAACCAGACACAAAAUGAAGGUAAUCAAGAGGAGUGCACGUACCUUGCUUCGUUGGUUAGAUCAAAGCUGCACACAUAUACAUGAAAAAGAAUAA